AUGGGUUCUGCCACAAGAAGAUGGUUCUACCUACUGGGCUGCAUUAUGCUGAUCAAUCUGGUUAAUGCUGACUUUGAAUUUCAAAAGGGAGUGCUUGCCAGUGUCAGCCCAGGGAUUACAGAAGACAUUGAUCUCCAGUGUUGGAAUGCUUGCUCUUUGACAUUGAUAGAUCUCAAAGAACUCAAGAUAGAGCACAAUGUGGAUGCUUUCUGGAAUUUCAUGUUGUUCUUGCAGAAAUCCCAGCGGCCUGGACGUUAUACUGUCUUCUUAAAUAUAGCUCAGGAUUUUUGGGACAUGUAUAUAGACUGCUUGCUUUCAAGGUCUCAUGGAAUGGGCAGAAGACAGGUGACACCUUCCAAGUAUAAUUUUCCAUAG